AUGGAUAAUAUAUCGAUUAAUAAUCAUUUUCAAUCGAUUUUUUAUCUUCUGAUUCAUAUUUCAUGUUCAUUUGUUCAAUUAUCUUGUAUAUUAACUAUAUUAGGUUUACAAAUAACAUUGACAAUAACACAAACAUGUGCAUUUAAAAUUGGUGUUGGUUUUUGGUCAUUUCCAUUUUUAUUUUUAUCACCAAUUAGUAUUUGGUUACUUGUUUGGAAACGAAAUUUAAUUUGUUAUUGUUUAAAUUUUAUUUUUCAUAUUUGUUCAACAUUAUUUGCAACAACAAUUAUUAUUAUUAGUUUUCUUGCACUUAUUGGACAAAUAGGAACAUCCUGUUCAAUGUCUUCAUCAACAACAAAUGCGUAUUUUUUACCAUUAAAUAUUUCAUUAAUUGUUAUUUCAUUUAUUCUUAAAUUGUUUAUCUAUGGAGAAAUUCUUUUACUUUAUAUCUUACAAUAUAAUUCAACUCAACCAUCAAUUUUAUCUGAUAAACAAUUUCAAGAAAAAAAUUAUGAAAUUAUAUCGGAUGAUGUUUUUAUGAAACGAUGGAAUUUAUUUCGAUCAAUAUUGAAGAAAAAUCCAAAUCAUGUUAAUGAUUUAGAGAUUUAA